AAUACGAAGGGAGAAUUUUAUUUUAUUUUAUUUUAUUUUUUUUUUUUUUUUAAAGGCAUGAAGGGAGUAAUUAGUUGCACAUAAAUCAACAAAAAUUUAAGUAACAUCAUCUCAUUAAAUAUUGAUCUUUAAUUACCACAAGUUGAAAAUGGAAAGCAAGUUUAUACUAUUUUCGUAAACUUAAAAAUCACAACUUCCAUAAAUCAGUAGAUGAGAUGUAACCAUUUGAAGUGUACCUCUCCCCUUCUUCACCAACCUCCUUUCCAUUUUCUUACAAGUUCAUCAUUCCUUAGUAUAUAAAUUUCACCUUCAUUCUUUUGGCAUUUUACCUGAGCAAAAAAAUGGCUAAUCUAAGGUGUGUUUGCAUGUUAUAUGGAAUGUUUCUUGCCGUAGCACUAGCAAAAGCCCAAGCACCAGCAACAUCACCAACAAUUGCAUCACCAGCACCACCAUUACCUACUUCAAACCCGCCAACCACAGCAACUCCAUUAGCAGCGUCCACUUCACCAGUGUCAAGCCCAACUGCCCCACCACCUCAAAGCUCACCACCUCCCACAGCUCCUCCAAUUAGUCCAUCAGUACAAACACCAUCACUACCACCUGCACCAGUAACCCAGCCGCCGCCACCAGUACAACCACCAGCUCAACCACCAGCCCCUGUGUCACCUCCACCAGCAACAUCUCCUGCUCCAGCAACUGUGCCACCUGCACCAACACCCACAAAGCCAGCUCCUGCACCAGCACCCACAAAGCCGGCUCCUGCACCAGCACCCACAAAGCCGGCUCCUGCACCAGCACCCACAAAGCCGGCUCCUGCACCAGCACCAGUGGCUAUAUCACCAAGCCUAGCACCAGUUAAUAGUCCCUCAACAGCACCAGCACCAGCACCCUCUGAGGGGAAAAAGAAGAGGAAGCACAAGCAUCACCAUGCACCAGCUCCAGCCCCAAUACCACCAAGCCCACCAGCACCUCCUACGGCAGUCACAGAUACCUCAGAGGAUAUGUCACCGGCUCCUUCUCCAGAUUUGAAUGCAGGUAUAUCUAUCUAUCAGCAAGGAUACACAAGGAGCAAGUGGAUGACAGGACUCAUAGCAGCUGCAUUGCUUGUUAUUUUGUAAUCUCAACCUUGAUUUACAUAAGCAAUUAAUUCUUUUUUUUUAUUCAUUUUUUUGGCUUUUUGUUUUUUUGUUAUGAGAUGAGAGUUCAAGGAAUUUUCAGUUAACGAUGUAAUUGAGUACUUGCACAUAAUUAUUUCAAAUACAUACAAAAAUAUUCAA